AUGUCAUCCAAAUUACAUCGUUUUAGUUUUUUAGAAAUCGUAAAAAAAUGUGAUAGUUUUCCAUAUCCAGAAGAAGAGGUAGAAGAAAAAUAUAAAACUACCACACCAUUUUUACUUUCUAAUGUUAAAAUUGGUUCACUUCUUUCUCCCACAAAACAAGCCUUAAUAAGAUAUAAUAAUGAACGAAAUGAAAAUCCUCGACCUUUUAUCAUCGAAGAAAACUUUAUUACCUUUUCUUCUCACAUCAAUACAUUCGAACAACGAACAAAUAUUAUAAAACAACUUUUUGAUACGUGGAGAGAAGAAAAGACUUUUUUGGCUUUGGAAGACCCUAAUGGUCCAUAUAAAAUGGCAUUCGUCAUUGAACGAGCCGCGACUCCAUUAUUUGGGGUAUUAACAUUUGGAGUUCAUUUAAAUGGUUACAUUAAGACCGUCGAUGGGAAUUAUAAAAUGUGGAUCGCUCAACGUUCCAAAACCAAACAAACUUGGCCAGGGUACUUGGAUAAUUUUGUGGCCGGAGGGGUACCAUAUGAAUUAUCAAUUUCGGAAUCGGUCAUUAAGGAAGCAAUGGAAGAAGCUAGUUUGCCAGAGGAAAUCUCAAAGAAAGCUAUUCCUACGGGUGCCAUUACUUAUUUCACCGUUACUAAAAAUGGAUUACAACCAGAGGCACAAUAUGUUUAUGAUAUUGAACUUCCUGUUGACGUAAUACCCAAACCACAUGAUGACGAAGUAGAAUGUUUCUAUCUUUGGGAUAUUGAUGAGGUUAUUGAUCAUAUUCGAGCGGGAGAAUUUAAACCAAAUUGUGCGUCGGUUGUAAUAGAUUUUUUGAUACGUCAUUCAUUAAUUUUACCUGAUGAAGAACCGGAAUAUUUAGAUAUCUUAUAUCGACUUCAUAGACGAAUUGAACUUCCCGGACCUUCAUGA